AUGAGUUGCCUCGUGGAGCUGGGUAACACUGCAGGGAUCUUACCAUCUAUGCCAAGCGAGCUCCCCAGUUUUCCAUUCGAGCCGGAGUCUCCCAUGCACUUUCGGAAGGUGUUUGUGUGGUGCUCAGCUGCGAGAGCAAAUGGUUGCGAUGCAGCACCCCAUACUAACCACGUAAUCAUACCAGCCCAAGGGCUAGAUUUCUGUAUUGAAGCCAUCAUCAUUCGCGAGCCAGAAUGCCGGGUCUCUUCUCCCGAAGUCUGCGACUCUGACUCUAGCGCCCUGACUCAGUGGCGUCGCUCCCCCUCCACUCUCAUGAUUGGUGUUCAGCGAAUCAUCAGACUGCUUAUGAGACUUUGCAUCUCGCAAGGCACGUUCUGGGAGUCCGGAUUUGAUGCUAGUUGUGCAGGAAGCGACCACGUCCCCCGCAAUACCCCGGAUUACCCCGCAUCCAACCUUUCUCUCGGAGCUGCUAGGUGUCAAGCGAAAUGGAGGCUUGCUUUGAGGCUUGCUUCGGCCUGGAUUAGGCCCAUGGUGGUUGAUGGAAACAGGUCACCAUCGCAUUCUGAUGGAUAUGUCUGUCUUGGCGAUGACUCCUGCAGAACUUGGGUGUCUUGCUUCAUCUGCUUACAACCUCAACUCAUCAGGAAAAUAUCAAUCAAAAUGGAGCAACGAAGAGCCUCUGGCGACCUUCACCAAGGAGAUGAAGAGUUUGGCACUCGUACCAUUGACGAAAAGACUCAUGAUUCAACUCACGUGGAGGAUGUGAAGGCACGAGAUGUCGGCCAGAUCUGUGGACUCACCGAGGCCGAGCAGCAGAAAGUCAUCCGUCGCAUCGAUAUUCGUCUACUUCCGAUUCUAGGCAUAAUGUACUCGAUUUCCCUCAUCGAUCGAACGAAUCUCGGCCUUGCCUUGGUUGCGGGCAUGCAGGAAGAUCUGGGGCUGGCUGUGGGAAAUAGAUACACUGUCAUUGUGAUGGUAUUCUUUGUUGCAUAUAUUCUCUUCGAAAUACCCAGUAAUCUCGUAUUGCCAAAGGCAGGACCCGCAAACUGGCUUUCGUUCCUCGGUGUAGGCUUUGGCGUGGUCCUGAUCGGAAUGGGCUUUACCAAGAGCUGGGGUGCUAUGGCAGUCUGUCGAGCUCUUUUGGGAAUAUUGGAAGCAGGCUUUCUACCAGGUACCGUCACCGUCCGUCAGGGUUUGACACCAGGUCUUGUGGGGAAAAGACUUUCUGGUUUUUGGAUCCUUUCUGUCCUUGCUAGCGGUUUCUCUGCAAUCUUUGCAUAUGUCCUGACUCUUCUCCGUGGAAAGAGUGGACUGAACGGCUGGAGCUGGAUCUUCAUCAUCGAGGGCGCAAUUACCGUGGUUGUGUGUGCUCUGGGCUGGUUCAUCAUCAUCGACUUUCCGACACAGGCCGGCAAGUUCCUGAAGCCGGCGGAGCAAGAGUUCGUCAUUGCCCGUAUCAAUCAAGAUCGCGGCGAUGCUGAGGAGGAUCAAAUUAAUCUGGCCAAGAUUCUGCAUCACCUCAAGGACUGGAGGCUGUACUUUUGGGCGUUCAAUCUCAUGGCUUCGACACUUCCUGGAUACGCGUACUCCUACUUUCUCCCAAUUAUUCUUCGCAAUGGCAUGGGAUUCAGCAGCACCCAGGCGCAACUUCUUUCUGCGCCUCCCUACGUUCUAGCAGCGAUCGUGGCCUACAUCUCCGGCUAUCUUGGAGACAAGUACAAGAUUCGAGGGCCAAUCAUUGCAGUCCAUCAAGCUUUAACUGCUGUUGGCAUGUUGAUCACCGUUUACGGCAAAGCUAAUGGUGCUCGCUAUUUUGGAGCUUUCCUUGUCUCAAGCGCAACAUGUCUCAUUGGAGGCGGCCUGGGUGGCAUUAUCGCAAGCACAGCUUUCAUGUCCAAAGAAAGUCCUCACUACACUACCGGCAUCUGGACAACUUUCGCGAUCUCUAUGGUAAGCAUUACAAUGAUCAUCAUUAUGGAUGUCUACUUGUGGCGCUGCAAUAAAGCAGCAAAAGCAGGGCACCGCAGGAAUGAGGGCAUGGAAGGCUGGCUGUAUACGCUGCAGGUUCUCUUGCAUUGUUGUCAAGUCUUUGACUGCAUCAUGUCGGCUUUGGUUGCCUUGAGGUUUCACCCAACUCGGCUUCACAACGCGUAUAUAUCCAGCGAAUACUUCGGCCUUCCUCGUGGCCAAGUUUCAUGUUCUCAGUAUCUCCCAAAUAUCAUUGUCUACAUCCACAGCAAGCACGCUCGCCAUACUUCCAAGAUAAUCGUCAUAAUCCGAUCCACUCGCAACCCCACUAACAAAACUCCUCCUUCAACAAAAUGUAAUUGCCUCUCUGAGAAAAACGACAUCCGUCUUCCACUGCUGCGUCUCACAUCAACGCCAGAGCCUCUUUAUCACCUCUGCGAAAAGGCAAAGCAGAUGGGGUACCGCACAAAUGGCACUCUGCUUGGUCUUCCGCUCAUGACGAUCUACCCAGAUGAGUGCCCCGAUGUGGCAAGCGCUAACACAUUCCAGCUAUGCCUUUCCCACGCCGUCUCGCGUAAGGCUUCGCAGCGCGCCGGCUUCCUCAUCCAAUGCAAGGAAUGUUGUAACGCAGGCCAUGCCCAGAACCAUACCCUCAGCGACUGUCCAGGUAACUUCCCUCAAUUCAACGCCCGCCCGCGGACCUUUCCUGCUGAGUCUUCCACUGAGUCCUCAACAGAGUCUCCCCCCAAGGAGAAGUAUUUUACGAGUGAUUGGACCUGUUGCGCGGUUGGCGAGUGUAGUGAUGAUGAGCUUUGUGAGUACCGCGUGGCUGCUAUCCUGUGUGGGAUGUCGACGCAGUGCCAGGAGGCUGAGCAUGCCAUCAUUGACACAUGCAACGAAGAGACAGACGGGGGGUACGAUGGCGACGUCAGCGAUAACUCCAACUACCUCGUCUUCGCGUCCUUCAUAAAGUUGAAAUUAUUAGCCUGGUGGCACAGGCUGAUAGCCACAGACCCUCUUACUCUUGAUAUCGACCAUCAUGUUUUUUUCAACCCACUACCUAAAGCCGAAGCCAUCACGGGCAUGGCGCGCGGGGCAGACUUGACUGGACGCGCCGAGAAUGCCGAUGUAGUAAUGGAGAGAGUCUUAGCGACGUCAGAGCACAUGGCGGUGGAUGAUACCCACUUGUCAUGGGGGAUCAGCGGCAGCGAUGGGAUGGCUAAGCUUUCAAGUUGGUUGGAACUUGGAGCAACGGCGUCCAGUUAUGAAGUCAUCGGUCUCCGUCUAAUAGUGCUAUCAAGGGCGGUUCCAACGCAGCAUGCCUAA